AAGAAAGAAGUGAGGUUGGGGAUUGGGGUUUCAGUGAUGAGCUAUGGUGGGGGUGGUGGGGGGUGGAAUAGCGACCUGGAAAACUUCAAUCUGCGCCGUAUCGCCACCGCCACCGCCACCGCCACCCACAUACAUAUAGAUAUAUAUAUAUAGAGAGAGAAAAAAAAUAGUUACCGAUAUAGGUGCCGCUAAAAGUGGAGCCAAACUGGUCCCCAUAAUUUCAAUCCUCAUCGCUGAUUCCCAAUUCCCCAAAACACCAGCUGAUAUUCUUCUUCUUCUCCUUCUCCUUCUCCUUCUUCUUCUUCUUCUUCCCUGUCUAAUCUUCCCAAUUAUUAUAUAUAUUUUUGUCAUUUCUAUACUUACAGUUUUUUCUCUAUUGUUUUUGUUUUUAAUUUAUUUUUUUCGAUUUGCCUAGGGUUUGUGGGUCCUAUUGAGAGAGGAGAGAAUCCAAGCUCUUCCUCUCUCUAAUUAGGGUUAGGCUUUUUUUUUUUUUUUGGGUUCUGUAUUCUGUUAUGUAAGAUUAUCACAAAUUACGAUCGUUUUGUUCUCUCUCUGUGUAUGUUUUUGUGGCUCUCUCGCUUUUAAACAGAUGACUUGUUUUUCUUGCGGGAGUAGUAAGAAUGUCAAAAAUAUUGAUAUGGACAUUCGCCCAUCUGGGACUCCAGACCGUCAAGAAAAUUCUUUGAGCAGUAAAGGCAAGGCAACUGAUAGCGAAAAGGGCAAUGUAGCCAGAAGCUUCAUGUUCCGCGAGCUUGCCGUGGCAACAAAAAACUUUAGGGAUGCUAAUUUAAUUGGGGAAGGGGGUUUUGGUUGCGUUUACAAGGGCCGCCUAGACUCGGGGCAGCUUGUUGCAGUCAAACAACUUAAUCUCGAUGGGCUCCAAGGAAACCAGGAAUUUAUUGUGGAGGUUCUCAUGUUGAGUCUACUACACCAUCGCAACCUUGUCACCUUGAUCGGCUAUUGCACUGACGGAGAACAAAGACUUUUGGUUUAUGAGUACAUGGCUAUGGGUAGCUUGGAGGAUCAUCUUUUUGAUAUUGAACCCGAUAAAGAGCCACUGAGUUGGAGCACACGAAUGAAGAUUGCUGUUGGUGCUGCUCGGGGUCUCGAGUAUCUCCAUUGUAAAGCAAGUCCACCAGUUAUUUACCGAGACUUAAAAUCUGCCAAUAUAUUGUUGGAUGAAAACUUCAAUCCUAAGCUCUCAGAUUUUGGGCUUGCUAAACUUGGUCCUGUUGGUGACAAUACUCAUGUUUCAACCCGAGUAAUGGGAACAUAUGGAUAUUGUGCCCCAGAGUAUGCCAUGAGUGGCAAGCUGACUCUAAAAUCUGAUAUCUAUAGCUUUGGUGUUGUUCUGUUGGAGUUGAUUACUGGGCGUAAGGCAAUUGACUCCUCUAAAAAGCCCGGAGAGCAGAACCUUAUUGUUUGGUCUCGACCUUUCUUAAAGGACCGGAAGAAGUUCAUUCAGUUGGUUGAUCCCCGGCUCCAAGGGAGCUUCCCUGUCCGUAGUUUGCACCACACAGUUGCUGUUACUGCAAUGUGUCUUCAGGAGCAAGCAAAUUUCCGCCCCGCCAUUGGGGAUAUUGCUGUAGCACUUGAGUACUUGGCCUCUCAAACGAAUAAAGUGUCACGGAUGAGUAUAUCCCACUCUCCCCAACCACCAUCACCUUUGCAUCGGAAAAAUGGCUUAUUUCCUCGAGGAGAAAGUUUUGAAAGUUUUGCUUCCAUUUGAAGAAGGUGGUUGCUAGAAAUUGAAUCACUUUAAUCACUAUAAGGCCCCCAACCUUCUUUAUACUGGGAUUUUGCAUAAUUUGGUUUCAGAAGGUUUUGUGCAAUACAAGGAUUCGUCAAAAAGAGUUGGCCUUGUUGUGAAAGCAUGAGGUGUCAUGCUGUGCUGGGAUUGGAUAUAAUUGUGCUGCAGCUGCAUUCUAUUAUAUAAUAGUUAUAAUUAUAUUAAUUUAUUCUUUAAAUUGAUUUCAUUCAAUGGAAUGUAAUAUGUGUAAAUGCAAAGAUGUUUUUGGUGAGCUCGAUAGGAUUGAUUUUUUUUUUUUGUAAAGAAAAAUUGUCUGGGCUGUAGAGUGUAGGCUAAUUGGCAUGCAAGUUGGCCAGUGGUA